AUGCCGUGGAUCAAUUUAAUCUUGCCGGUCUUCUUCGAGCACUUGUCUGAGCGCGGGAAAAUCAACUUGGCCGUCGACAUCACCAGCUGCCAGGAUGACGAGCAGCUGGUCGCUUUAGCGAGCCAUCUUGUCAAUGCGCUGCUCAAGCCGUUUGCCCUCGCGUCGGACACGCACCUCCGCCAUGGAGCACGCCUCCCGGCCAAGACGCCGCAGAUGCCAUUGACCUGGCAAUGUCCAGCAUCGAGUUGUCUGCGCGACGCGAGCAGACGAGGCUGCGCAAGGACUGCCUCACCAGACGGCUACCGGUGCGUCUACACUGGAGUGUGGGCUACGUACAAAUACGACGAAUUCGAACGAGGGUCGGUGACGCCGCCGGUCGACGUUGACACGCAGCAUUGCGGCCAGCUGGGCUGUGCCCACAUCAUACCGUUUGCGCUCGGUUCUUUACACGAGAACGACGCGGUGCAAACCCGGAACAAUGCGAUCCUCUGGUCCUGUAUACACCGGUACUUCCCCGACGCAAAGGGAAAGAUUGAUGCGGCCAGCAUCCACCAACGCAGCUACGCCAUUUGCUUGGAGCAUGCUCUACACAGCUACUUUGGUAUCUACCGAGUCGGACUUGACAGGCAAGACCAAGACGAGCAGCCGGACAAGCAGUCGGACGAGCAGCAGGACCAGCGCCCGGACCAGCAGCAGGACGAGCAGCCGGACCAGCAGCAGGACCAGUACAAAAGCAUCAAGCUCGUCAACCAGGCUAUUUUCUUUCCCUUCCAAAACCACUUCGUCGCUGGUUGA